CGCCACAUCUACCGCGACCUGGAGGCGGCGGACGCCGCGGCGCUGCAAGCUGGGAAUGGCGAGGAAGAAAUCCUGCCCCACUGUAACCUGCAGGUGUUCACCUACACCUGCGAUGUGGGAAAGAGGGAGAAUGUCUACCUGACGGCGGAAAGGGUCCGCAAGGAGGUUGGCGAGGUCUCGGUCCUGGUCAAUAACGCCGGCGUGGUCUCUGGGCACCACCUCCUGGAAUGUCCUGAUGAGCUCAUUGAGAGAACCAUGAUGGUCAAUUGCCACGCACACUUCUGGACCACGAAGGCUUUUCUUCCCACGAUGCUGGAGAUCAAUCACGGUCAUAUCGUGACAGUCGCGAGUUCCUUGGGGCUGUUCAGUACCGCCGGAGUCGAGGAUUACUGUGCCAGUAAAUUCGGAGUCGUGGGUUUCCACGAAUCCCUGAGCCACGAGUUAAAGGCUGCUGAGAAGGACGGAAUUAAGACAACACUGGUGUGCCCAUACCUGGUAGACACUGGCAUGUUCCGAGGCUGCCGGAUCAGGAAGGAGAUCGAGCCGUUCCUGCCCCCCCUGAAGCCCGACUACUGUGUGCAGCAGGCCAUGCGGGCCAUCCUCACCGACCAGCCCAUGAUCUGCACGCCCCGCCUCAUGUACAUCGUGACCUUCAUGAAGAGCAUCCUCCCUUUCGAAGCAGUCGUGUGCAUGUAUCGGUUCCUCGGAGCGGACAAGUGUAUGUACCCCUUUAUCGCUCAGAGGAAACAAGCCACAAACAAUAAUGAGGCGAAAAACGGCAUCUGAGGAUCUUUUCUGGGUGGAGCGCUGUUUCCCUCGGAAGACGAGCAAGAUGUUUCCGUUCACCACAUCAGCGUCACGGACAUUCUCGGGAUUCUGAAUUCGAGUGGACUUUUUUUUUUUAUUAAUCAACUUUUUAAAAAAUAAAGUGUAAAUUAACCGACUAGAGUACUUGGAAAAACGCGAUCAGCAAAAGUGAGGUCGAGUGUUGCCAGUGGGGUCCCUUUUAGGCAGAACCCUAAAACCAGUCAGUUCUUUCAGACAAGCACUGUGUGGCGUCUCCAGGCUCCCGUGACUUUUUUUAAUGAGCAGAACGUCUAGAGAUGAUAACUACAGUGUGUUUCAUGUGUGUGGUUUUUCUUAAUUCCCAUAGCGUUCAUUAAUUCUUGUCAUUAAACUCUAGUCAGUUGACUCCCUUGCAACUCCAAGGACCGAUAGUGCGAUGUUUUCUCCCGUUUCUUCAGUUUCCGUUUUGCACAGCCUGUGCAGCCUCUCGUGGUGUUUAUAUAGCUCUUCUAAAAAGGAAUUUUGAAAUCUCCAUCAGUUUGAAUCAAGUGAUGUUUGAUUUUUUCGGUAAGAUAAUCAGGUCUCUUUCUUAAGGUCACAACGACUGAAGUGUUAGCUGGAUUUUUAAACUUUCUCCUGAAACCUUUCCUGAAGUACCUAUCACUGGGGACCGAAUUAUCCCAAAAAGAUCAUGCAUUUCCUACCUAUGAAUUCUGCUGCAUACAGAACGUGCCCUUUCCUCAGGAAGUUGCUGUUUCCUUUCUUUGGGUGGACUUUUAUCUAGAACACAUAGCAGAUCAGCAAAGAGAACUUUUCUAAAAAUGGGGACUUCUAAAUUUAAAAAAAAUCCCCAUUUUUGUGCCAACUAUGAAUAGUGGGGGUGGGGGGGGGGAAAUCUUACACUAUGGAGUACAUAUGGAAGGCUGUAAAGAUUCUUUUGAAAUUUUUAUUCACCUUGUACAACAGCAAAUGACAUUUUUACAGUAUUUUUUUGUAAAGCAAACUAUUUUGUGCCUUGAAUUUGGUAAAUGUGUAUUAGUGAGACGUUGUAAAAGUGAACUUCUACCUCUGUAUCUAAAUGUAUACCAUCCACUUGUAAAUGACUAUAAACUAUUAUGUGAUUGCCUUUUUUUUUUUUAGAAUGUCUUGUUUAAAUAGCAACCAAUGUUUAAGGCUAUUAAAAUAAGCCAUCUUUUACUAAUUAAUUGGGAAGUUUUAUAAAGGACUGAUUAAAUUUAAAGAAUUAACUUACAUA